ACGAGAUUCUCUUCUCUUUUUCCUUCCACUUCCUUUGGAGUUAAGAAAUCUGUUUCUUUCUCAUUCUAUAUCCCUCUUGCAUUUCAAACUCUAUAUAUUCUGGAUACAAAAGGGUGGUGAGACUGGAAGUGGUUCUCUGCUUAUAGUUGAGAGGAGAGACAGAAGGCUUCAUUCACCUAAGAAGAAAGGAAAGCAAACACAGUCUUUUACGUACUUAAUCGAGGAGAUACAGAAGGCUUCAGCUAAGAGCUUUACCCAAGCCAGGAGUUCUGAAACAAAGGCAUUCUCUUCCAACUUCGGCCUCUUCAGUUUGUUCUUAGAGCCUGGACGUGUGAUUACGUCCCCAGUUCUGUUUCCUGCUGCUACUGAUUGAUCCUGCAGCGAACCUAAAAUGGCUUCAGAUCUUGUUGAUAAGGUCUUCUCAUGGUCUCUUAGAGAUGUACUCGACUAUCAACUCUACAAAGAUAAGGUGAAGAUGAUCCCAAAGAAGUUCUUGUCACCACAAGAUUACUUGGCAGCAUACAUUUCCCCACUUAUUGAGGACACACAUGCUGCUCUGUGUUCAAGCAUAAAGAACCUGUCUAAAGCACCUAAAUGUCGAAUUCAUGUUCAAGAACUAUCUAAAGAUCAUAAGCCACAGAGACAUUUGUGUUAUAGCAUUAGAGUUUUAAGAGAGGGUGAUAGUAAGAAUGGUAGAGAAAGCUAUGAACCUCAAGUUGGAGAUCUCAUUGCUCUCUUAGAUGCAAGACCCGUACGGACUGAUGAUUUAAAAAGAUCUUAUAUUCUUGCAUUAGUCACAGAAGACAGCUCUCUCAUGAAAAUCCGUUCAUCAAAACCUGUGAUUGAAAAAAGAGUACUACUGAAGGGGAAGAGGGAACCUCCUUUUGCUGUUUUUCUGAUUAACAUGAUGACGAAUAUCCGUAUAUGGAAAGCACUGCACCCGGAUAUGCAGAGGGGAAACAUGAAUGUUAUCAAGGUCUUGUCCACUAAUUCCACUGUAGGGGUUGAUUGUGAUCGCUGUUUGUUGCCACAAGAUGACAGUAUCCAAGGAAAUUCUCUUCUCCAAGAUCUUCAAACCUUCAAUCUCAAUGAAUCACAGACUGAUGCAGUGGUAAGAUCCAUUGCUACAAAGGAUUGCAACCAUAAGAGUUCAGUAAAGCUUAUUUGGGGCCCUCCAGGUACUGGGAAGACAAAGACAGUAGGAGCUUUGCUCUGGGAACUUCUAAGAAUGAAAUGUAGAACCCUCACAUGUACACCGACCAAUACUGCCUUGGUGGAAGUCACAUUGCGCCUCCUGAAGUUGGUUAAGGAGUCACCUCAGGUCCAAAAUUAUGGCUUGGGUGAUAUAGUGUUAUAUGGUAAUAAGGAGCGAAUGAAGAUUAAUGAUCAUAAAGACCUUCAGGAUAUCUUUUUGGAUAAUCGUGUCACUGAGCUUGCGAAUUGCUUUUCCUCAACCUUAGGGUGGAAUCAUCAACUAAAGUCCAUGAUACACUUGCUUGAAGAUGCUGGUCCUGAUUAUCUUCUUUAUUUGGAGGGGGAAAAGAAGGUAGUGCAGAGUGUUUCUAAAAAUGAAAAACAAGAAGAGAAAAACAAAAAUAUAUUGCAAGAGGAGAUUGAAAAAAAAGAUAUUCUAACAUUUGAGGAGUUUAUCAAGGAAAGAUUCACUGAUAUUCAGAAGGACCUCAAAUCAUACAUUUUUACUUUGUGUAAACACCUACCUACAUCCUUCCUUUCGGUGAGAAGAAGAGAAAACAUGAAUGAAGCUGUCAAUUUGAUUGAAUCUCUUGGAACUCUGUUACAUGGAUCUGUUACUGAUGAUGACCUGAAGUGUGUCUUUUAUUCUGAAAACUUAAACACUACAGUUGGUGGCUCCAAUACACUCUUGCUUGAUAGAACCAGAAAUGAGUGCCUUCAGAUUCUCAAAACCCUUAAUGAAGAGUUUUCAGUUCCUAAUCUUACAGAUAUAGAUUCGAUCAGGAAAGUCUGUUUGCAACAUGCUUACCUGAUUUUCUGCACUGCUGCAACCUCAGCUAAGUUUCAAACAGAAGGGAUAACGCCAUUGGAGCUGUUGGUUAUUGAUGAAGCAGCACAGCUUAAAGAAUGUGAAUCAGCCAUUCCCCUCCAACUCCCCGGUGUCCGGCAUGCCAUUCUCAUAGGUGACGAACAGCAACUGCCAGCAAUGGUUCAAAGCAAGAUUUCGGAGGAGGCUGGAUUUGGAAGAAGUCUGUUUGAAAGAUUGGUAUCACUGGGACACAAGAAGCACCUUCUCAAUAUCCAGUAUAGAAUGCACCCAUCAAUAAGCUUAUUCCCAAACACAGAAUUCUAUGGAAAACAGAUUUUGGAUGCUUCAAAAGUCAAAGAAAGAAGCCAUGAAAGACACUUCCUUCAAGGUAACAUGUAUGGUGCCUAUUCAUUUAUAAAUGUUGCUUAUGGAACAGAACAUGGUAAGGGUGGAAAGAAAAACAUGGUGGAGGUCGCAGUGGUUUCUGCGAUUGUGGAAAGCCUCUUCAAAGCAUCUGUUGCUUCAAGUCAGAAGCUUAGUGUUGGUGUAAUAUCCCCAUACAAUGCUCAAGUAUUUGCAAUUAAAGAGAAACUUGGUGACACAUAUGAUAAACCAAGUGACUUCUCUGUGAGUGUUCGGACUGUUGAUGGGUUUCAAGGUGGCGAGGAGGAUGUAAUAUUAAUCUCUACUGUCAGGUCUAAUGAGGAAGGAACGGUGGGUUUCCUUGACAACCCUCAACGUGUGAAUGUAGCUUUGACCAGGGCAAGGUACUGCCUCUGGGUAUUGGGGAAUGGUCCAACUUUAAUCAACAGUGGUUCCAUUUGGACGAAACUAGUCAAUGAUGCAAAGGAUCGGGGGUGUUUCUUUGAUGCUGAUCAGGACAAGAGCUUGAAGGAAGCAAUAAUUGGUUCUCUUGUUGAACUUGGUGAAUUUGACAAGUUACUUAAUCUGGAUUCUCUCAAGAUAUGAGUCACAAGUUAGGGAUUUGUCCCAACCUGAUAUAGUUGUUUCAUUUCCAAGUUAGACUAGGUUGCCUUAUUAUUUUUUUUUUUCCUGUUUAGAGUAUGUUUCCUAUUUUAUCUACGUAUCAUGAGUUGUAUUCUGUAAGAUUUCUUUCCUUGUCUAAGAAGGAAAUCUAUUUUGUAAUCAAAUAUUAUAAAUAAUUCAUGUUAAGCUUGUCUCUCU